AUGGCAAAAAAAUAUCGUAUAUCUGUUUCUCGAGCCAAAGAAUAUAUUAAGAAUCAGGAAUAUAAACAGCAAAUGAUAGAUGAAUCAGAGAUGAGUCAAAAACUUGAAGCUCAGCUUUCUCCAGACUCUGCCUCUUCUUAUCUAUCUCAGGUACAAAUUAAAACUUCAGAUAGACAGAUAAAAAAGAGGCGAUCAAAACCCAAAUUUAUUCAAGUUUCUGAUUUAUCCACUAAUAGUGAUACCCAACUUGAACAAGUAUUAAAUAAGGGAGAGAAACAAAUAGAAG